AUGGCGGCGGGAGAUCUAUAUUUACCUGAUGACUGUUGGGAAUGUGUUUUCAAAUUUCUCAACAACCAUGAAGACGACAAAUGCAACCGCUACCUAAACUCUCUCUCCCUAGUUUCUAAACAGUUCCUCUCCAUCACCAACCGUCUCCGAUUCUCCGCGGCUGUUGGCUCAAAAAUACUCCCGUUCAUCCAUCUUCUAUUUCAGAGAUUUCCCAAUAUCACAUCCCUCAAACUCAACCGUUCUUUCUACCGUGAUCCCAAUUCCUUCAAAGGUAGUGAUCGCAACGCGUUUCUUCAUCAAAUCUCCAGUUUCUCUUUGAAACUCAAAUCCCUCGAUCUCUCCGGCCAAAACAUCAUUCCUGCAGAUGGGUUGCGAGCUUUCUCUCAAAAUGUUAGAACUUUGACAUCUCUCAAUUGUUCCCUGAUGAAUUCUAUAAGGAGCUCUGACAUGUUACUAAUUGCCGAUUGUUUUCCUUUGCUCGAAGAACUCAAUCUCGGUAGAAUUGCAAUAUUCAACUCUGAAGAUAACUUCAUUGAUGGGAUAAAUACUCUUUCAUUGGCACUUUCCAAACUUGGCAAGAUUGAUCUCUCUGGUCACCGUUACAUGACCGACGAAUGUCUUUUCCACUUGUUCUACAACUGCAAGUUUCUUCAAGAGGCGAUCAUAUAUGAUUGUUUUAACAUCACCAAUGCUGGUAUUGUUUCUGCUCUCCGUGAGAGACCAAAUUUUAGAUCUUUACAUUUUACCAAUAAAACAGACAAUUGUUCAAAUUUGUUUGCCAUCCUUAGGAGCUGUCCUUCACUUAGGAAUAUCAAAAUGGAAUGUCCAUAUCCACGUUGGUGGGAAAAUAGCGUGGAUAAUUCUAAUUCUUUAGUGGUUCUAAGCCCUCAGUUAGAGACUCUAUGUUUGGAGACUCUAUGUUUGGCUGGCAAUACAUGGCUAAGUGAUGAAAGCGUUAUAAUAUUUGCUUCCAUUUUCCCCAAUCUGCAACUACUCGAUUUAAGUUAUUGCAAUAAGAUAUCUGAAGGUAUUUGUCAAGUACUAAAGAAAUGUCAUAAAAUUAGGUAUUUGAACUUAGCCCGCUGUUCAAAAGUGAAGCUACUUGGAAUGAACUUUGUAGCUCCUAAAUUGGAGGUCUUAAACUUGUCACAUACGGGAGUUAAUAAUGCAGAACUCUAUGUCAUCUCAAAGAGUUGUUGUGGGCUUUUACAACUGUCACUUGAAAAUUGUUAUUAUGUCUCAAAUUCGGGACCAAAAUAUGUAGUCGAAAACUGCAUACAACUAAGAGAGAUUAAUUUGAAAGACUGCCACAAAGUUCAUCCUAAUGUUGUUGCUUCAAUGAUAUUUUCAAGGCCAACGUUGAAAAAGAUUAUUGUUCCACCUCGAUAUCGCUUCAAUGAUGGAGAGAGGGAAAGCUUGACUCAUGGAUGUCUCCUUUGUUAG